UAUUAUUGAUGUUCCAAUUCCAUGCGAAGAUAACGAGAAUCGACAUAUUCGAUUCGAACCCGAUCCGUGGCAUUUUGUGGGACGAUCUCCAAAACUGGGAAGCAAAACUUGGUGAGCGCGAAACCGUCCACGUCGGUGAGCGACGGAGGAAAUAAAUCGUUCGAUCACUGCUUGAGUGGUAAAAUUCGAGGAGUAAGGAAAGCUCUUCAGGGAAAUUCCGGCACGGUUUAAUUUGAGCCGAUCGGGGAAAUUCCUGGACAUAGCGGAUUACGGAAAGCUCUGGCUUUGGGAAAUGGCGGAGUCGCCCGCAGCUCCCGUCCAGAAAGUCGUUGUUCAUCUGAAAGCGACCGGCGAUGCACCCAUUCUCAAACAAGCCAAAUUCAAGAUAACUGGAACAGAAAAGUUUGCAAAGGUAAUUGAUUUCCUGCGGAAGCAGCUGCACAGGGAGAGCUUGGCGCUUGGUGGGACUUGGACGAAUGGGCUGGAGCUACUUGAGAUCGACUGCGUGAUACAAAGAGGAGAAGAUUCUACAUACCUAUCGUUUUACUAAUUCUGGACUUGAUUACCUCUGUCAUCUUCAACAGACUUCUCAAGUAAACCACCACAUUGUCGUCUUCAACAAACGCACACUAUAAAAUCAUCGCCAAUGGAAGCAGCAAGGGCAUCAUUUCUACAUGGACCCUUUUCAUGCAUGCGGACACUAUAGAUAUGCGCCUCUUGGCUUCAUCGGUGUUACGGGAGAUGACAUCACCCUCCCUCUCACGUAGUUAAUCGUGAGCAUGUUCAGGAUCAACAUCGCCAAUGGCCCUUACCAUGAUCCUUCAAUCUUCAUCAGCAAAGCUGAACAGUACUUUGUACAGCAUCGUUUGAAAGGAGGGAAAGGGAAGGAUUGAACAAUCCCUCCUUUGUUUGGUUGGCUAAUUAAAAAAGAGGGAAAAGGAAGGAAAAAAGCAAAGCGUGUUUGAUUACAGGAGAAUGAAAGGAAAUGAAGGAAUUGUAUAGUGUAAAUCUUUUUCCUUCCAAAUCGGUCGGAUUGGAAAGAAAAGAAAAGAAGUAAAAAAGUUUUUUAUUCUCACACUAUCCUUCUUUUCCUUUUCCUCCUUUCUAAAUCCACGUGCUAUUUAGUCUUUUCUUUUCUUUCUUUUUUUCCAAACAAGCUUUUUAAUUCCUUUUCUUUCCAUUCUUUUCUCUUCCCUUUCUCUUUCCUUCCCUUUCUUUUCCCUCCCUUUUCCUCCAACCAAACAAAGGGUUAGGGCGCUAAACCUUGCGAGUCCCUUUUCCCUUGCUCGUUCGUCCAUGCUUUUUUCUUUUUCUUGAAACAAAUACAAAAAAACCACCUAAGUUUUGACCAAAUAAUAAAUAACCGCUCAACUUUUAAAUGUCAACAAAUAAGCGCUUAAUUUUUCUUAACAAAUUCACAAUGAGCCACUUCUUAGAUGAAAACCAUUCUCUUUUUCCUGCUGACAAUAUUACCACUUUUUUUUUUCCAUUGGAUGGUCAUGGUGACAGCUGAGGAAGCACAGCUGCCGUCACAGAGCAUGGUCUCGGUGCUACCAUAAUGCAAUUGCCGCUUGCUUGAUGUAGGCGCAGUACCACCUCUGGCAACAAAAGCGUGAGGAAGCCGCCUCCAUUGCAUGCUACCAACAGUACAGAACCAGCGAACCACCAAAAACAAGAACAAAGGAGACCCACCACUCACCAUCUGGCCAUCUCAACUAUCAGGCCCUCGAUAACAGUUUGAUAACUCCUGUACCACGACGAGGAAUGGAACCAAUUCGAAGGAGAAGAACGACAAGGGAAUGGGCAAAAUUGGAGGCAAGCAGUAAAGAGACUCAGAAGAACCCGGACAGCCUGUACCUGGUCAAAAUAAUAGAAGCCCGCGGCCAUGGUUGUACGAGUUAGAGGGAUGUGAAGGCAAGAGCCAAUAGUGAUAACAAAGAGAAAGAGAAGUCUGAAUCCGUGGUCUUUCCUCUG